UGCAGAUUUCUUGCCUUCAGGGCAGCACCCAAGUGGAUCAAUGGACGAUGAUGACGACGUGCCUCCACUUGAGGCAACACGGCGUAAACCUGACGCCAAGCAGGAGGAAGGCAUCAAUGGCAAAAGGGGAGAGAAGAGCGAGAGGACCGUUGACCCAACUGAUGGAGCCGACGGACAGGAAGCGGUUGAGGAACGGAAUGAAGUCGCAGAAGCCAUGAUGCAGCGGGCUUUGGCAGCUCGUGAGCAGAAGAGAAAGGAGACAGACGAAUCCAGGCGAAAAGUGGAUGGAUUUGGAGGUGGCCUGAAAAAGGGUUUCCUCUCUUCAAAGCCUCAGGCAAUCAAAGCCAAAGACAGAGAAAAGGACAAGCAACCAAAAGAUGUUAAAGAAACCCAAGAGGUUCCCUUCAUCGCGGGCGCUGGUUCCAAAGAGGAUGCCAAGCGGAUGAGCCUGCAGAUGCCCGAGGUUCAGCAAGCUAUGCAGGGAGUGGAGAAGCUGAAGCAGGAUCAGUCGUGGGUGACGCCUCAGCUGAUGGCUGCUUUGCAAUCCCGCCCAGAGCUGCUGAAGUCUCUCUCGGAUCCCAAGAUUCAGGAGGCAAUGCAAUUGAUGCAGACAGAUCCCGAUGAAGCACGACGCAGGUACUCCGAUAAUGAAGAGGUGUCAAAGUUUAUCAAGGAUUUUGGCUCCUUGAUGGCAACACAUUUCAACGUCCUCAGCAAGGAGGCAUCAAACACACCAUCCGGGUACUCGCCCAAGGAGCAGAUUGCCAAAAGUCCCAAGAAUGCGCAGAAUGCGCAGAAGGCGCAGAAUGCUCAGGCUUUGCCAACAGACGACCCAAAGGUGGCGGCUGCAUUUCAGGAUCCUGAGGUUCAGCAACUGCUGUCGGAACUAUACGCUGGAAAGCCGUUGGAGAUGCAUGAACUUUGCCAGCAGCGACCGCACCUUUUUCACAAGGUGAAGAUUCUACUUGACUCUGGUUUGUUGGCGCUCCAGAGAUAGCACUCUGAGGUCGUUCAUAGUCUUAGCUUUGCAGAACAUGAAUAAACACCAAUGAGGAAGAGACAUGAACCAAGUGUCUCAUUGCAUGGGCAUGACUUGGAUUUGGAACCACAAUUCCACAAAGUGUUAAUUCAGAUGUAGAUAGUCGCUGCCAGAAAGUACACGGAGCAGAGCUGAUAAAGAUCGAUAUAUCACUUGGACCUUUUGCGUCAAAGCAUUGGAAAGA